AUGAGACAGUCCGUCAUAUGCGUCGUCUUUGCCACAGCUCUCUUGCUACACUCAUCUUGUGCGUCGCCCGUGGGCCUGGCCGAAGACAGCUCCAUGGAGCAGGAUUCGUUCACCUCCUUACUGAGCGGGGAGGUGACAGAAAGUAACCGCGAUGAGACAAAUCUCAUCACUGAUGGCAAAACAAGAGGACGGCGGGUCAUUGUUGUUGCCGAUCCGAGUCUUUGGCACGACCUUCGAGUGCUGCACAAUGGACUGCCUGUCUACAAGCGACGAGCGGAUGACAACAGCCAGGUCGUCGAACGCACAAACAGCGGCCAGGACCUGAGUAUCCCCAUCCUGAGGCGGGACACCAUGCGAUGCAUGGUGGGACGGGUGUACCGGCCAUGCUGGGAAGUCUAA